GGGCUUGAGUUCAGCCAGAAAAGUCAGGCAACUUUUCAGGGGCCUGAGUGAGGGGAAGUGAGGUCUCCCGGCCUGGCCAGGGUUCAGCCCCCGGGAGCAGCACAGCGCUCAGCCCCACCCCUCGCUGUACCCUGUCUGUAACUCCAGACUUUGACCCUGAGCUCCAGUGCGGCUGGUGGGCAGAGGGCUGAGGACAGGACGCGCCAGAAUCAGGAGGCUCCCCUCCGGAGAUAGGACCCUGCGUCCUUUGUAGCUGCCUCUUUUCUGCAGCAGUUUGGCACGCCAGGUGGCACGAUGCGCGUAGUGGUGAUCGGAGCGGGGGUCAUUGGGCUGUCCACAGCCCUCUGCAUCCACGACCGCUACCAGCCAGUGCUGCAGUCGCUGGAUGUGAGGGUGUACGCAGACCGCUUCACCCCGCUCACCAACACCGACGUGGCUGCCGGCCUCUGGCAGCCGUACCUCUCCAACCCCAGCAACCCGCAGGAGACGCAUUGGAACCAGCAGACCUUCGACUAUCUCCUGAGCCACCUCCAUUCUCCCAACGCUGCAGACAUGGGCCUGGCCCUGAUCUCAGGCUACAACCUCUUCCAUGAAGCUGUUCCGGACCCUUCCUGGAAGGACAUAGUUCUGGGAUUUCGGAAGCUGACCCCCAGAGAGCUGGACAUGUUCCCUGAUUAUAGCUAUGGCUGGUUCAACACGAGCCUGAUCCUGGAGGGCAAGAGGUAUCUGCAGUGGCUGACUGAGAGGUUAACUGAGCGGGGAGUGAAAUUCUCCCAGAGGAAGGUGGAGUCUUUGGAGGAGGUGGCAAGAGGAGGCGCAGACGUGAUUAUCAACUGCACCGGGGUGCGGGCCGGGGAGCUGCAACCAGACCCCAUGCUGCAGCCCGGCCGGGGGCAGAUCAUUAAGGUGGAUGCCCCCUGGAUGAAGUACUUCAUUGUCACCCACGACCCAGAGAGAGGCAUCUACAGGUCCCCAUACAUCAUCCCAGGGAUCCGGGAAGUGACUCUUGGAGGCAUCUUCCAGCUGGGGAACUGGAGUGAAGUAAACAAUAUCCAGGACCACAAGAGCAUUUGGGAAGGCUGCUGCAGACUGGAGCCCACACUGAAGAAGGCAGAAAUUGUUAGUGAAUGCACUGGCUUCCGACCAGUACGCCCCCAGGUUCGGCUAGAAAGAGAACGGCUUCGCUUUGGACCGUCCAACACAGAGCUCAUCCACAACUAUGGCCAUGGAGGCUAUGGGCUCACCAUCCACUGGGGCUGUGCCCUGGAGGCGGCCAAGCUCUUUGGGGAAGUCCUGGAAGAAAGGAAGUUGCUCAGGAUGCCACCAUCCCACCUCUGAAGACAUCAGUGGCCACCGCCUCCCGGACAAGGACUCCUCCCGCUGCCCUGGGCCAGCUGAUCAAUGUGCUCCUCUCUAAGCCAUCACUCACUGCCCCACCUCCCGCAGCCACUCAUUUCCAUUAAAAGCACGAGAUGGGGGGCCA